AUCCCACAACUUUUACACGUCUUUAUUCCUCGAUUCCUCUAUCGAUACCUCAUUCUACUUAAAUCACCCUGCUAUUCAUUACCCGACUUGAAUGAUUAAUUACACUCGUACUUUCUCGUCAUAAUGGAUAGCACUCCACAGGCUGCUCAAUCCCCGGCAGCAAGCCCUGCCAAGGGAAAAGCUCCUGCCCCCAAGAAAACGUCUGGAAAGGGCGUUACCAAGAAAACCUCAAAGAAGCCUGCUCCUAAGAAGGGAGUAGCGAAGAAGGGUCCGAAGAAGGUGUACAAUGAUUCCUUCACACAAGCGGCCUAUGAGCGCCAAGUGGAGCUGAAAGAGCUCUAUAAACAAGUCGCCAUGGCAGUCAGACCAGCUCUUGACGAGAUAGCCGACCGGAACGUCAAGAAGUUAACAGAAGAUCUUGGAGCACACAAACAAGUGCCAGAGUACGACGUUCUGCAAGACCAACUAGAUAACCAACUUAAGCAGGUCAUUGAAGAUGCUGAGAAACAUCACGACCUACGAGUUAGAAUUCUGGAGCAUGGCUACGAACUGGAAAACGAUCGAAUUGCAAAGUGCUUCAUGGAUUCGUUCAACUAUGAGACUGAGGAAUUCUACGAUGGUGCCCUAAACCGCACUAGCAUUGUGACUGAACUCCGUCGUGAAGGUCAUCCACUUGACACUCCCGACCUCACGUAUUCUUACGUUAGGGAGAUCCCUCAUGUCUCAUUCCUUGGCCCAUCGGACAAGCCUGGCACUCCCAUCAAUCGCAAGGCUAAGCCUACGACUAAGCGAAAGACGGAGGAUCAGCCAGACGGACAGGCUGCUUCUAAGAAGCCUCGACGUACUGGUGGCUUACUUGCUUCGGAGAUGCAACCAGACGGGGUAUCCGAGUCUAAUGCACCAUCCCCGACGCCAGCCGAAGAACAAGAAUCCGCGCCUGGGUUUAGCAAACACAUCCCGGAUCUACCUUCCGGCGCGUCUGAUCCCGAUGCAUACGGAGUUAGAAGUGUCAACCGACGGGUUAAGGAACCUAAUAAUCGAUUCAUCAUCCCGCCCUUAUUCUCAUGGGAUGACAAGGAGAUCGGAUUCCGAGACUCAACCAAUGAUUCAACUAGAUUGGCUACCGGUCGUUCCCGAGGUAUAUUCAUUGAUACACCAAACUCCAGCACCUGGCAUAUCGACCACACUGUCAAAGAUUAUGACUCCCGCGGCUUUAACGAUGAUACCUUAGAUCCCGAAAUCGUAAAGAAGCACGGCCUACACCCGAAGUUGGGAAUAUUCCUACCUACUUCUACGAAUGAGUCAGAGCCACCCGAUGGGCGUGUUGAUGGGACUCGGCCUGUGGUCGUCGUACCGGAUGCGAUCACUACUCACCAUGCGUCCCGCACAGUCCGAUCUAUGAAAAUGGACCUCAUGCUUAAGGAGGACCGCAUCAAGAACGCCAUGUCGGAGAUGCUCGGCGAUUUCUGCGAAAAGGGCGACAUCGAUCCAGAAGAUAUAACUAACGACGAAAUCCGUGAUCGUGAACGCGAAGCAGUUGAAAGACAGGCUGCUCCUUCGGAUGAAAGUGUAGACCAUGUGAAAUCAGAACAGGCUUCACUGACAGAGGCCCAUAACUCCUUCCUUCACGAACGUGUCGACCUCCUCCUGCUAGCCGCCGCGAGCUCGGAAGCUGAAGUAUCGAGCCUUCCUGCACCUGGUCCUCGACCAUCGCGCCCGUAUGAUGCGGUGCGAGACGUAUUCACAAAUGCAGAGCCAGCUCCUAUGCACCCAGAACUUCAGCAUAUAGAGCCCGACGUCUUUAAACUCAACCUUCUCGCGCAAGCAGCCGAAAGAGCCCCUAGGCUGCUGGAGAAAAAGGUACCAGUAAUGAACGACUCUUCUAUGAUCGAUCCCCGUCUUCUUGGCACACAGCCCCCCGCGCCGCCCAAUGCGUUCCUUCAAACCGCGUUGAACCCCUCGUCAACAUUUACGAAUAUCGCGCCAGCCCCAGUUGCUCAGAUGGAAACAACGCAACAAACUACGCCCGCUAGGAACCCUUUCACUACCCGAAAUAACGUAGUGACAAAUACUAUAGCAGCGGAUGGUUUUCUACCACCCCUUCGACCCAAUAGGUCGGACGGCCUAGGAAAGGGACCGAACCUAGCUCAAGCCCAACAGUCUCCCCUCCCUCUGACACACCAUCCUCAGGAUCUUGGUUCUCCACAUGGGCCGAUCCGCACAAAUUCGGGUAGCUUCUUCCCUCCGGCGCCAUCGCGACCCUACCAUCAGGGAUUCUCCUUCCACGACCAGGGUUUAAUGGCGAUGUCCAUGCAGCAAAGCCCUCAUAUUCCCGGACCCGGUAUGAUGCCGAACCAACCCCCACUACCGCAUCAUAUGUCCGCAUAUCCUCCCGUCAUGUCGCCUCCCGUACCAGGCCAAUCAUACCUAGCCUCGGUACCGCCGCAUAUUGAGCCCCCUGCACCUUCAGUAUCGCCACCUGGCCCAUCUAUGAUGACGCCCUCGUCACCUGUACACACACCUCGCCAGAGAAACUCGGUGUCAUCCAAUGGUAACGGAUCUGGAAAAUAUCGCAGGAUUGCGGCAGCACCCGUUCCCCACAAUCGUCCUUGGCAAUCUAAUGGCGGCAGUGAACUACGACUCGCCCACUACGAUCACAAGGAGGCGAUCAAAGACUAUAGGGCGAACGAACCUCCCCCGCGAACUGGGCCUACGACGAUCAGAGGUUGGAACGUGAACAAUGUUUCGAAAGGACGCAAUAGAGGCGUCAAGAAGGAGGAUUCCGAAGAGAAGGAAUCUCCAAACAUGAUAUCGCCAUACAUCGGCAAGUGGAAUGCGUCCGUAUGAAUUCGAGGCGGCCGCGUCGAACAGAGUCUUAUAUAUCGACGGACUCAUGCGUUGUUUAUUGCAUGACUAUAAUUACAUCGAGAGGUCUAUCGUUAGACCGAAUCAUUUACGAUUU